AUGGACGCUCAAAAGAUCGUUCUCAUUACCGGCGCGAACACCGGCCUCGGACGUGAGGUGGUUAAGGCGUUGCUUCAAUCUAACGUGGUUUACUCAAUUCUUGUUGGCAGCAGAAACCUCACCAAUGCCGACAAUGCCAUUCAAAGCCUAACGGCCGAGUUCCCAGCUUCGAAGAGCGUCCUGCAUCCACUUCAGGUCGACAUCGAGGACGACAAAUCAAUUAACCAAGCGUUCCAAACUGUCCAGGAAAAAUUUGGCAGGCUUGACGCCCUUGUGAACAACGCAGUUUCUAUCAAAGGUGGCCAGUUUGAUCAGUUGGCCAGGGAGGGCAAAAUGACGGUUCGAGAAGUCUGGAACAAGACUUGGAACGUUAACACAGCGGGCACUCAUAUCAUGACUGCAACUUUUGCUCCGCUGUUGCUAGAAUCCAACGACCCGAGGCUGUUGUUCAUCACCAGCGGUACAUCCACACUAACAGGGUCGGAGAAUCCUGCAUUCCCUUUCAACAAGCCACUCGCCAAGGGAUGGCCUAAAGUGACCACCCCUCAAACGAACAUCCCCGCUUAUAGAUGCAGUAAGACGGGAAUGAACAUGCUUAUGCGGGAAUGGCACAGAACGCUGGUUGAAGAUGGAGUCAAGACUUGGUGCAUAUCUCCAGGUUAUCUCGCCACAGGUCUCGGCGGCAGUCUUGAGACUAAUAAGAAGCAAGGAGCUCUGGAUCCUGCGAUUGGAGCUGGUCUUAUUAGAAAGGUUUUGGAAGGCGCAAGGGACGAAGAUACUGGCAAGGUUGUGUCUAACCAAGGUAUCCAAGCGUGGUAG